UCAGCUUUUUAGAAGACAAAAAAUGCAGGCAGCGGCUCUUGGAUAAGGAAUGUGAAAGACGACAGCUGUGAGAGUAAAAAGACAUUUUUAUAAGAUACUUAGUCAACAUACCAUUCCUUGUUCCGGGAUAAGCAUUUGAAAUGGAUGAGGAAGCCAGUGGAAAACCCAUUCUUUUGGAAACUUCUGGAAGUCAUGAAGUGACCGUUCCAAAUGGUUCAAGUGCUGCUGUCCCAAGUAAAAUUAUUAAAGCAGAGGAAGACUACAAUGAUGACAGCUUAGAUGCCAGUGAUGGGGAGGGUGGGGCACAUGAAGGGAGCUACCAGAUGAACAGUGAUAAGGAAAGUCAGGGGGACAGCAUGAGUGACACCGGAAGCUACUCUCCAAACACGGCAGACAUAGAGGACGAUGACGCAUUACUUGAGCAGGGGACGUAUCGGAAGAUUAACAGUGUGGAUGGGGUACGAGUGGAAGGGGGUCCUGGUGCUGGUGGAGACCAGAGAGACGUUCAGAAUGACAUUCUGGAUCAGUUGGGGAACCAGGACCACUGCGACGACAGCGAGAGCGAACUUGGGAGCUAUCACAUCAACACGGACAAGGAAGAUGAUGAUGAGGGAAGGUACAAGGAUAAAGAAGGGUUAUCGGAUGGAGAGUAUGACCUGAGCAGCGGUCAGGAGUCAGAUGUUGAAGAAACAAUGGAUGAGGUCGAGUUACUCAGGAUGAGGGCCUUGUGUAGGCAGGAACAUAAACCUGAUGAACUUCCAGACACUGUUACAAAGAUGACUACUGAACAUGGAGCUCAAAUAUACAUUGUUGGGACUGCUCACUUCAGUGAAAAUAGCCAGAAUGAUGUUGCAAAGACGAUUCAAGCUGUUCAGCCUGAUAUCGUUUUAUUAGAACUCUGCAGGGGACGGCUCUCCAUUCUGGAGCUUGAUGAAGAAACACUACUAGAAGAAGCUAAAAAUUUCAACAUGGCUAAACUCAGACAAUCAAUCAAACAGAGUGGUGUAGUAGGAGGCAUCAUGCAAGCUCUACUCCUCAAUCUCUCAGCACAUCUGACCAAAGAACUUGGUAUGGCACCGGGCGGAGAGUUCAGGACAGCUGUCAGAGAGGCUCAGACAGUGCCUGGUUGUAAGCUACAUCUUGGAGAUCGACCCAUUCAGAUCACGCUGAAGAGAGCAAUGGCUUCACUAUCACCAUGGCAGAAACUCAAAUUAGCAUGGUAUCUCAUCACCAGUAAAGAACCCAUCACGAAGGAAGAGGUGGAGAAGUUCAAGCAGAAGGACUUACUGGAGGAAAUGCUUGGGGAGAUGACAGGGGAUUUCCCUGCUCUGAGUAGAGUGUUUGUUAGUGAGAGAGAUACAUAUCUCUCCCAGUCUCUCAAGGCAUGCUCCCAGCCGCAAGCACCUAGAGAUGAUGGCUUUGUGUAUCCAGCUCCUAUAGUGGUUGGUGUUGUUGGCAUGGGCCAUGUCAAAGGAAUGGUUGACAUGUGGGAUAAACCAGUUUCAAAGGAACAUCUCUUAGAAAUCACAAGUAUUCCAAGUCCAUCACUGGCAGGACGUCUGUUGACAUGGAGCUUCCGAUUGUCAAUGGUUGGUCUCCUAGCUUGGGGAUGCUACCGUUUCACAAAGUGGACUAACAUCUCACUGUGGUAACGCAGACAUCCAUCUAGCCAUACUUCCUCCAUAUCAAAUCCAGCUUGAUCCUGAAAUGCAAUAAUUGUGUUCUUAUUUGAUCUUGUUCACAUUUUUUAGUAGAAACAAAUUCUUGACCUUUUCAGUAAUUAUAUUAGGGUGAUGUUUUUAAUCUGCCUUUUAAUGUGAGUUUUAAAGUGGUUCAAUUCAAAUGAACAUCAUUUUUGCCUAACACAAUGGGAGCAGUUUAGAGGGAUGAUGUAGUAGAUACCUGGCGUCCAAGACCAAGAUCUCUUUUGGUUACUUUCAUUUAGCAUUAAAUGUCUUUCUCUAGACAGAGUAGUUUGGACUACAUCACUGGUAUAAAGCCUGAUUUUCAUGUGCGAUAUGUCAAUUUGGAGUCCUUAUCUCUGUAAAGCUCCUUAGGUACCUUAGCGAAAUGUAAUAGCACAAAAAGACGCCCACGGAAAGCUUAAGACAUAAUAUUUAGUGAUUUUUGUUUUUUACAUAUAUAAAUAAAAUUUAGCUAACAUUAAGCCUCAUUAAGAUAUGUAUCCCCAACUUAUCAGAAAGUUUUGUAAAUGGGAAAAUUGAAUUCUGUUUCUUUUUCAUUUAAUAUACUGACAAUAGUCAUUUACUUUUUGUUUUUCAUCAUAUUUAUAUACUCUAAUUAAUUUUAUGAUUGUUUCUUCCAUUUGAUUUUCACCUACUUUAUUAUUGUCUGAAAUUUAUGUGUGUAUGUUAUUCAAACAUUGUUUCAAGUGUUAAGUUAUGUUUUUAUUUAGAGUGGAUAGUAAUUGAACCUAACUACUUCUUAUUACCCCUGUCUCUCUUUUUUAUCUGAAAAUUAUAAUUUUGAAUAGAAGUGUGAAUUUGUCCUUUCAAAUUGUGCAAUUGGUUUUAUGCUUCCUUGACUAUCUUUUCAAUUAUACCUUAUUUAAGUUUGAAUACUCUCCUUUGCAUGAUAUGAACGUGUUUUAUCACAAGCAUUGUUCCUUUCCAAAAAAUCAACCUGUGUUGGUGGUUGAGCAUCCUAUUAUUAGAACUGAUUGUAGAAUUGGAUUAUAUGAAGACAGGUUUAGAAAGAAUGUGUAGAGAAUUUCAUGGUCUAGAGGAGUACGUAUCAGCUGGUCAUAGGUACAAUUCAAAGCUGCAGCUAUUAUGCGAUUGGAUAGAAUACCUCAUUAUUCUACAUUUACCUCUCUCUACCCAGGAAUUAAAUAAGGAAUUUAAUGGAUACCAGUACUAGCAGCCAAUCUCAAUGAAUUAUGGUUGCAGAUUAUGGGAAUAAGACUAGAGAAAUGGAAAUGGAGCACAUAUGGUGCAUUGUGCAUUGCAUGAAUCUGAUGGGUUAUCAGAUUUGAAAUUUUGUAUGUUUGGACCAGCCUCUUCGCCAGAACAAGGUGCUCUAUAUGGAUAGUAGAUCUACAAACUGUAUUGGACCGAUAGUCAGGAAAAGCUGUUUUCAUUAUAAAGUUGAAAACCUUAUCGUCUGACUAGGGCAGAUAUUGGUGAUGUGCCAUAGCACUGCCACUGAUGGAAUGGUUUUAUGAAAGGCUGAUAAAAUGAAAGGACUCAAACCCUCUUUGGCUCUUAGUGCCAGUGACUUGUUAUCUGGCAGUGUCACAUGGUAAUUUCAUAUUUUUUUCUCAAUAUUCAGUUGUUUACUCUAUAUUGUUUAAAGCCUAUCUGCACUAGUUUGGCCAGGAGGGAUUAGACCUCUCUGCGUGGUCACUGAUGGGUGGUUAUCUCAUCAAAUCAGUUCUCAAUUAUAAUAAGAAAAAGAGGACCAUGGGGGACCAACGGGUACCGCUUAGGCAUUGUUUGCUAUGUAGAGGGCGCAAGUAGCUACAAGUAGUGCAGUCCCGCUUGGAAUAUUCAUAAUGAACCUGCCGCAAGUUUUGUGGUACUGUAUCGUGUAAUUAAAUGUAAUUCCUGUUUGUUUAUUUAUACAUGAAUAGCCACACUGUAAAUUUGACUGUGCUGUUAAAGUAAUUCACAGUGUAAAAGUUGGAACAGAUCAAAGUAGAGUACCUUGAUAAGUUGAUAUUCUGAUUUUGUUAAUCCAACCUUGUAGGGUAGAACAAUCCCUAUGGUAUUUGUUCCGGAAUGCCUGCAUUCGCAAAGAAAUCACAUGUUUAUAAUGAUGAAUUUAAAGAGUUUUUUUUUGUGGACAUUGAUGAAAUUGUCAUUUACGAAUUGUGAAUAUCUUAUGCUCAAAAUCAGAGAUAUGCUUCUAUUCAUGUUAACUUAGUUCAAAACAUUUAUUUAAAAAAUUGAGUUUUAAAUGAAGAAAAAAAAUGUCCAUCAAGAUUGAUGACCCUGACAUAUACAUGAACCUUGACAUGAUGAACCCUGAUAUUUAUUUAUACUUUCAAAGCUGAUUAAUGAAGACUUAUUUUCAAAUUUGUCUUAGACAUCCUAGCUUCAUGAAGAAGAGUGCUAGUUCACCAAAUCAUUGACCAUGAUGAUGUCUCUGUAUAACCCUUUGGGUCAAUGGAGGAUAUGCGUCACAUUUAACAAAAUAUUCAAAAACUAUCAAAAGGUAAAAACACAUGUCCAAUGUGUAUGAACUUUAGUAUGUAAAUUAUUAAGAUUUUCAUUCAUACCUUAAUUUCCUUAAGGUAAUUUUGUCAGAUUAAUCAGUUGCCUGUUGACAACUUUCCUUUCAUUCAAAUGCUUUCAGAAUAUGUUUUGAAUUUUUCCCCCUAGUUGCCGACACCAGCAAAUAAAAGAGACUGCAGUUCAUUUUGAUGUAGAUACAAAUGAAAUAUAGAUAUAUAUUUAUGUCAUUAGUUCCAGUGUAUGGUUGUGAAGUUGGAUUUUCAAUAUUUGAAAUUUGAGACAAAGGAGAGAGAUGAAUCACAAAUUAACUUGGCAAGUUAGCUUCGCAUUAAACUGUUGCCUUUUACACAUUGACUUUAUCCUCUCCCUGGUAUGGAAUUUGGAGAAAUAAAUCUUUUAUUCAGCCAUGAAAAA